AUGUACAUGGAUCCAGUCUCUUCUGAGCCUCCUGUUAUAGAUCUCCGUCAAUAUAUCCUCUCUGCAGCUUCAGAUCAAGUUCAGAUUGAUUCUGUUGAUACCACAAAUGUGUGUCCCAAAACUACGAGCAUAAAGGGAAAGCCAGCUUCAUACUCAACUCUAACAGGAACGUUUGCAGUCCAACCUUCGGAAUUCCACCCAAACUUCAAAACGAAAUCCAGCGGCGAAGGAGAAGAGCCACAUCAAUCUUCCACAAACGUAACAGACCUCUGGUGUCUUAAUUUCCAUGAGGACAACCAAGAGGCCUUGACAUGUUCGUGGGACAUACUAGGAAGAGGUCAAGAAAGUUGA